UUGCGACUUAUCGCUUAUCCCGGUAACAGUCGCUUUCCCUUUUGCAAUUACACCCCACCCACGAUGAGCGGAGAUGAAGAAGAUGAAAAGAAACUUGCAGCUAAAGAACGUCAGAAGGAGAUGCGUGCCGGUAUUCUCGCUCAAAUACUUGAUCAGAACGCGCGCGCUCGACUGAAUACUCUUGCUAUAACGAAGCCAGAAAAAGCCCAGAUGGUGGAGAAUAUGUUGAUCAACAUGGCUCAGACUGGGCGCAUUGGUUCGAAAUUAUCAGAGGAUCAGCUGAAGCAAAUCCUCACGCAAAUGUCAUCAGGUGUUUCAAAGUCCACCACAGUGAAGACCAGCGAAGCACUGGUUAUGACGGACAUUCCCCAGUUGGUAGCCAUGGAAAUGUCACUUUCAAAGUUUCCUCGGGGUCGCCAACCAGCGUCAUACAAAUUCCUGACCAAAGGACGUCGCAAUCACCCUUUUAGCACUGCGUUCUUGGGAUUCCCUACAAAGUCAGAUCCAGCCACUGCAUUCACUGCGUCAGAACUAAGAUAA